AAUCCUCUGGCAGCUGGGUCGUGCGGGCUGGCGGGCCGGGCUCGGCCAUGCAGCCCCCGGAGGUAGGUCUGCUUCCCGCUCCAGCGAGGGAGCCGAGACUGACCCGCUGGCUGCGGAGAGGCAGUGGGAUCUUGGCGCACCUCGUAGCUUUGGGCUUCACCAUCUUUCUGACUGUGCUGUCCCGGCCAGGAACCAGUCUGGAUGCAGACUACAGGCUUACUGGCCUUCUCCUGUGUUUACAGUUCUGCCUCUGCAUGGCUGAAGCCAUCCUCCUCUUCUCACCUGAGCACUCCCUGUUUCUCUUCUGCUCUCGAAAGGCCCGGAUUCGCCUCCACUGGGCGGGGCAGACUGUAGCCAUCCUCUGUGCUCUCCUGGGCCUGGGCUUCAUCGUCUCCAGCAAGAUUCGAAGUGAGCUGUCCCAUCUGGUGUCCUGGCACAGCUGGCUAGGAGCUCUGACACUACUGGCCACUGGUAUACAGGCGCUUUAUGGGCUCUGUCUCCUCUGUCCACAGGCAGCCAAGGUUUCAAGGGUGGCUCGCCUCAAGCUCUACCAUCUGACAUGUGGACUGGUGGUCUACUUGAUGGCCACAGUCACAGUGCUUUUGGGCAUGCACUCGGUGUGGUUCCAGGCCCAGAUCAAAGGUGCAGCCUGGUACCUGUGCCUGGCAUUGCCACUGUACCCAGCCCUGGUGAUCAUGCACCAGAUUUCCAGCUCCUACUUGCCAAGGAAGAAAGUGGAGAUGUGACUCCAAACUCCGAAUCUAGGUGGGAUACUUGCCUUGGACUUAAGUGGUUCAUUGAUGACCUUCAAAGGACCUACUUCAGACGCAGUUGGGGUUUUGCACUUCAAGCUGUAGAGACCCAAGCUGUUAUGAUUGAGGGAUGACUCAGUGAAUCAAACUGAGAAAUGUUGCUGGGUGCAAGUGGAAGGUGAUGAAGAACUUGGAGCUGAAACCUUCACUCUUGAUGGAAGAUAGAAAUAUUAACUGGUGGUGGUGAUGACGGUGGUGGGCAUUUCUUACUUGUGUGCCUGAUGGAAAAGCCGGGUUCCUGCAAGUUAUGAAUGGCAACCAUGAAUACCUGGGUCCCUUUUAAGAAAGCAAUGUGAUGGAGAGUGCCUGUGAAUCUUGCUUGUGGGUCCUCUUGGGCUGUGCUUUCCAGUCAACCUUCGAUAAGUCCCAUAUCUCAGGAUUUCAGUUCCCUCAUCUGAAAGGCCCUCCUAGCCCUGGACCAUGUGGCCUGUUUAGCUGACCCAGGGUGUGAUUUUUACUUUUAUUUUCUAUUUACUACCUGGAAGGACUGGUCUGCCCUUGUAUCCCUGCAGAAUCUAUGCUCUUGGGCAUGUACUCAGUUCCAGGCCUAGAUGGACCCAGGGCCUGAGAGUCAGGCACUGUGGAGCGCAGGGGCCCAGAUGAGGAUCUCCUGAACUGUUAAGACAGAAAGAGCACGAAAGUCACUUUAAAGUUCUUCAGAGGAGCAGAAGGGCAUUAGCUUCUCCGAACUCUUGGUUCUUGGCUGGGCUAAGCUUCCUUCGGCCCACCUUCGGAUCUGGGCUGCAGAACCUGGGUGUGUUCCCUCCCCACCACCCAGCCUCAGGGCCAAGAUUCUUAUUCCUGAGCAUCUUGUGUUUUGCCCUCCGGGCUUAGGGUCUUGACUUAGUGCAUUUAAUCAUGGAGCUAAUUCCAAAACUUCGAGAACAAAAUAAGGGUCAAGGAAGUGGAGUAGGAUGCUUGAUCCUAGAAAAGUCUCCCUGUUGCCCUUCUUCUCUCAUCUUUUACACUGUCCUCGGUUGUCUUCUGACCUGAGAGGGGAAUGAGUGGUGUCAGCUAGGCUGUCUUCCCUGCAGAUACCUCUCCUUGGUCCGGAUCCAGGCAGUUCCUCAGACUGCCCUCCGUGGUGAAAGCUGGAUACCAAAAUGGUUAGCUGUGAUCUAGCCCAGUCAGGCAGAUGGGCUUUCCGUAGGCAGUGGCAAGGACUGAAGACCACUGAGCCAGAAGGCUUCCCCAGAGUUUUCUGUGAAGAAGACAGAGGCCAACAAACUCUGGAGGCCUGUGUAGGCGUCGGGGCUUCUACUGAGGCCAGGGGAAGCACCACUCAGGGCCGUGGAUGUCCCAGGCCUCCUGGAGACGUCAGGCCUCCUCUCCAGGCGGAUCAAAGCAAGAAGACUUCUGUGAUUCAAGAGAACGGGAAUGUGGAUUGAAGGGGCAGAAGCCUCCUGCCAGUGGACUUCACCGUGCAUUUCCUGGGUCUAGUGGCCUCUUCUGAGACCCUCUUAAGCAUUAAGCAGCAAACAGAAGCUCCUGCCACGCAGAGGGCAGCCAUUCCUGUCUCUUUCAUUGCCCUCUCUCCCCUCUCAAACCAUCCAGUGUGCUGGGAACGUGGAUGGAAUGCUUACUGACCAGCAUGAAAGAGUUUCUCACUGGGGUCACUUUGAUUUGGGAUCCCAUCUCUUCUACCCUGGUCAGGGCCAGUGUGGGGGUGGGGAGUGCUUGUCUUAUCGCCACAGGCUGGGCCAGGUGAGGCUCGGCAGCUUGAGAGCACACCAGCAGUGGGGGAAAGCCUGAGCCCGCUCGAGGUGUCGUCUCCUCCCAGGUGGUGCGGGGGUUGGCGGGCGGGCGGGCAGGCGUGCUGACAGCCGGCAGUUUGCGUGGGUUGUGCCAUCUGAUGUCUAUUCCCAGCCCUGGGAGGAAGGAGAGUCAUUUAUAUUCUGCAGGAAGAAGAGACCCAGCUGUCGCCCCUCUGACCAGUGGGCCUAGAGGGCAGCAGUACAGGGCCAAGAGGGGGACAAAGAGGGUCCCCUGCUUAGCUGGGUGUGAUUGCAGUAUAGAAAAUAAGUCGCCAGGAGGAGCCCUUCUUCCUGACAGGCCAGAUUGGGAGGGGACUUCCCACCCCUCCUGUGUUUUCACUCUCCAUCACCACCUGCCCUCACAUCCUGGGGCAGCAGCUGGACAACCAUUAGGCCUCUGUGCCAGGGCAUUCUCCUCCUCCACCUGGGGCCUCAGUGGUUGCCAGCUGCAUAUGCCUCCUGGCUGGGUGCUCCCCCACUCCUCUUUGUGUCUCCUAGUGACUAGGUACUACCUGGACUUCUCUGAAGUGAGGCAGGGCCUUGGAGAAGCACAUGGCUGCCUUCUCCUUUUCCUUAACUGGGGAUAGCUGCUAGCAGCCACCCUGUUUUGCUUUAAAAAAAAAAAAAAAAAGCCUAUCUUUUGCACAAAUUUCCAUAUCAGGCCUAAGUCCUGAUUCAUAUGUGAUUGUGUUCUAAGUUUGAUUAUAUUCAACCUUGAGGACAUUAGAAAUAUAGAUGGUUUUGUAGCAAAUCCAAAUGGUAAUGGGUGUACUAUUUAGGUUUGCAUUCCCCUCCCAAGCCCCAGUGGUUCCUGUAACCUCUCUUUCCCUUGAGCUCCAUCGGGGCUGGGGGUGGAGUUGAAUGGCAGGAGCUCCACUUCUGAGGAAGUCUUCCUUCUUUACCUCCUUGGCUGUCAUCCUCAUCCAAGAUCGGCUGCUAUCACUUGCCAGUCCUGCUUCCUUCUCCCCACCCCUUCAAGGCAGGCCACCCUUCCUCUCUCUCACUGGCCUGCCCCUUCUUUCUCAUUGUCUCCACCCUUCCACCCCCAUGUGUGGCUGCGGUGGAUCUUGUUUUUCAAACCUCACUGUGGGAGAUCCAGGCAUCUUCCCUAAGCCAGCUGGUUGCUGUGCCGAGGCCUGUUCAGAGUUAAUAAUAAUCAUUAGUUGAAUGGUGCUGGGGCCUCUCAGCUCCAGAUCUUCAAGCACUCGCAGGCCGAGUCAGCCAGCCUUCACGAUCCCCCUCUUCCUGGGCUGAGGAGUGCACCGGCAGGGGGAGGCACUGUGGGAGAGGGUCCAGAUUCUCGCCGCCUGGAACAUGCCUGCAGCCCCUCUCUUCUAGAGCAGGCCCUGAGGAUCUGCUCCAUAAACGAAGAAGGCCCGAGUCUUGACAAAGGUUCAUGAUACGUAGGGAGCACAGUAUGCUCAGCUGAUACUAGUGGCAGCCGAGCCUCUCGUGCGCUUGUCCUUCUGUCUACCUGCCUUACCCUCUGGAGGACACCCUUGGUCUUGAUGCCCCUCAGCAAGCGCGGGGAGCAGGGAGACUUCUGUUUUUAAGUGCUGUCAAUGUCUUUUCGUCUGAUGGGCACAAAGUGCCUGUGUAUCAUGAACUGAAGGGUGGGGGCGUCAGCCUGGGAGCUGGGAGAGCUGCUCUGUGACAUAGGCCCUAACACUGGUGUGGUCAUGGGCGAACUGCUUGCUAUCUGACCUACCUCACAGGGAUGUUGUGAGGGUUAGAUGAGAGGACAAAUGUUAACAGGCACUCAAAACUCAAAGCAUUAAACAACUGCAAGCAGGUGGUAUUA